AAGCAUCGAAAACAGUUUCAUAUCUCCUCUGCAAAAAAAAAUAUUAUAGCACUCAAUCAUGAAAGUGUUAUCAUUGUUCUUCUUUAUUCUAGCUACACAUGUAGCAACAUCCCAGGGUUUCUCAUGCCCAAGUUGGCGACUUGGUAUGGAAACUAAUAAUAUUAGAGGGAAACUGGUUCCUGAAACCUGUGGAGAUUACGUGAAGCGUUACAUGUUAGGCCCUCUGUACAUGAAUGACUCAAAAGCCGUUACCGAUGAGGCUCUUCUCUAUGCUAAAAGCCAGAAGCUCGCCGGCGACGGCAAGGAUAUAUGGAUCUUUGACGUAGAUGAAACCGUAAUCUCUCAUGUACCUUAUUUUUCUGAGCAUGGAUUCGGGACUGAGCCAAUUAAUGGGACGUCGUUUUUUGAAUGGAUGACCGAAGCCAAAGCACCAGCUUUGCCAUACAGUCUGAAUCUGUACGAAGAUUUGUUAUCUCUAGGGUUCAAGGUUGUGUUCCUGACGGGAAGACCUGAAUAUUUGAGAGAGACCACAGCCACAAAUCUGAGGAAUGUUGGAUACCGUACUUGGGAGCAACUUAUCCUUUGGUCAUCAUCUUAUCCAACCAAUACAACACUUGAAUUAUAUAAAUCGAAUGAAAGAAGAAUACUGGAGACAAAUGGAUACAGAAUUAUUGGAAACAUGGGCGAUCAAUGGUCCGAUAUCAAUGGGAUCCAUCCAGGCGAUCGAACGUUUAAGCUGCCUAAUCCAGUGUACUAUUCAGCAUAAUUAAAUGCUACUCUACAAAUUAAUAUGAAAAACUUGUAUGCCAUUCUAAAUAAGAAAAUCAUAUAUUUUCAUGUAUCAAAUUUGACCAAUGAAAUAUGAAAUAACUAUUGAAUUGAGUGAA